AGCACAAAUAAAUAACUUUAUUUUUUUGAGGUGGAGUCUCGCUCUGUCACCCAGGCUGGAGUGCAGUGGUGAGAUCUCGGCUCUUCGCAACCUCUGCCUCCUGGAUUCAAGCAAUUCUUCUGCCUCAGCCUCCUGAGUAGCUGGGAUUACAGGCAUGUGCCGCCACACCCAGCUAAUUUUUGCAUUUUCAGUAGAGACAGGGUUUUGCCAUGUUGGCCAGGCUUGUCUGGAACUCCUGACCUCAAGUGAUCUGCCCGCUUCACCUCCCAAAGUGGUGGGAUAACAGGCGUGAGCCACUGCGCCCGGCCGUAUUAUCUCAUUUGAACCCUUGCAACACUCAAGGCGGUAUGACUUAUUAUUAUUCCCAUUUACACAUAUGAAGACUGAGCCUCAUAGAGGUUGUAAAUUACCUGAGGCCUCACAGCUGCUGUAGGAGGAAGCUUCUGACAUUACCACUACAAUCUUUGAGCAAGCGUGAAAGCAUGAAAUGUCACAGAACAGGCUAGAGAUGGGAAAGGAAUGAGGAUUUCAACACUGUCAGGUGGAGCAAGGAAUCAUAAUUCAUUGUUAACCUCCCAAACGGCCACUAACAGAGAAUUUGGGGAGGCAGCAGAGUGGGUGCCGUUAGGGGCUUGGGAGGUGGGCAUGCACGUGUCAUCCUCUCUAGGUGUGGCCUCAAGGUGAAUGACUUCCUCUGCCUCUGGGGUUCAAGCGAUUCUCCUGCCUCAGGCUGCCAGUAGCUGGGAUUACAGGCACGUGCCACCACACCAGGUAAUUUUUGUAUUUUUAGUAGAGACGGGUUUCACCAUGUUGGCCAGGCUGGUCUCGACCUCCUGACCUCAAGUGAUCCGCCCGCUUCACCUCCCAAAGUGGUGGGAUUACAGGCUUGAGCCACGGCUCCCUAAAUAAAUACAUCAAUUUUAUUUAAAUCUUACAGCAAUCAUAUGAGACAAAAGCUUUUAACACCUGCACUUUAUAUUCGAGGAAUUAAAGUUCUCAGAGGCGACUAAAGACCAAACUCAGGGCUGAGGAGUUCCAAAGCUGAGCUGAGUUGCAAAUGAAUCACCGAGGACCACCGGAGCUUUCUAGCGACCCUCGCACCAGGGAACGAACCCCUGUGGUUUAAGGGCUCCAACCCACAACCCAAUUCCUUUGGCGGGAAACAUCACCCUCCCAAGGCCCCGCCCCUUCCUGGCCCCGCCCCGUCGUCUCUGGGCCCGGAUCCUGGAGAUGGGUAUUAUUAAUCGGCCUUCUAUGGGGGACCUGGCCCAUCUCGGGUAUCAGCCCCGCCCCUACUCGCCCAGUCUCCGAACGCUCUGCAGCCAAUCGGCGCCCGCGGGUCGGUCCCCGCCUUCUCAAGCCCCGCCCCCUACCCUUAUCCCUGGCAGCUUCCGCUAAACGGGCUCAGAGCCACGCGGCACGCCCGGGAGGCUUUCUAUGGGCUGGUAACCGCUACUCCCGGACACCAGACCACCGCCUUCCGUACACAGGGGCCCGCAUCCUACCCUCCCGGACCUAAGAGCCUGGGUCCCCUGUUUCCGGAGCUCCGCUUCCCGGCCCCCAGAUUCUGGCAUCCCAGCCCUCAGUGUCCAAGACCCAGGCAGCCCGGGUCCCCGCCUCCCGGAUCCAGGCGUCCAGGAUCUGCGCCACCAGAACCUAGCCUCCUGCAGACCUCCGCCAUCUGGGGGCACUGAACCUCCUGGAGCCAAGGGCCCCACGUCCCACCCAGAGAAACUCUCGUAUUCCCAGCUCCUAGGGCCAAGGAACCCAGGCGCUCCGAACUCCCAGCUUUCGGACAUCUGGCACACGGGGCAGAGCAAAGAAGCCUCAUCGCCCAGCCUGGGGAAUUUAAACACUCCAGCUUCCAAGAGCCAAGGAACUUCAGUGCUGUGAACUCAAAACUCUAAGGAGCCCUCCAAAGUUCCAGUCUCCAGGUGCUGUUACUCAACUCAGUCCUAGGAACGUCGGGUCCUGGGAAGGAGCCCAAGCGCUCCCAGCCAGCUUCCAGGCGCUAAGAAACCCCGGUGCCUCCCAUCAUGGUGGCCGAUCCUCCUCGAGACUCCAAGGGGCUCGCAGCGGCGGAGCCCACCGCCAACGGGGGCCUGGCGCUGGCCUCCAUCGAGGACCAAGGCGCGGCAGCAGGCGGCUACUGCGGUUCCCGGGACCAGGUGCGCCGCUGCCUUCGAGCCAACCUGCUUGUGCUGCUGACAGUGGUGGCCGUGGUGGCCGGCGUGGCGCUGGGACUGGGGGUGUCGGGGGCCGGGGGUGCGCUGGCGUUGGGCCCGGAGCGCUUGAGCGCCUUCGUCUUCCCGGGCGAGCUGCUGCUGCGUCUGCUGCGGAUGAUCAUCUUGCCGCUGGUGGUGUGCAGCUUGAUCGGCGGCGCCGCCAGCCUGGACCCCGGCGCGCUCGGCCGUCUGGGCGCCUGGGCGCUGCUCUUUUUCCUGGUCACCACGCUGCUGGCGUCGGCGCUCGGAGUGGGCUUGGCGCUGGCGCUGCAGCCGGGCGCCGCCUCCGCCGCCAUCAACGCCUCCGUGGGAGCCGCGGGCAGUGCCGAAAAUGCCCCCAGCAAGGAGGUGCUCGAUUCGUUCCUGGAUCUUGCGAGAAAUAUCUUCCCAUCCAACCUGGUGUCAGCAGCCUUUCGCUCAUACUCUACCACCUAUGAAGAGAGGAAUAUCACCGGAACCAGGGUGAAGGUGCCCGUGGGGCAGGAGGUGGAGGGGAUGAACAUCCUGGGCUUGGUAGUGUUUGCCAUCGUCUUUGGUGUGGCGCUGCGGAAGCUGGGGCCUGAGGGGGAGCUGCUUAUCCGCUUCUUCAACUCCUUCAAUGAGGCCACCAUGGUUCUAGUCUCCUGGAUCAUGUGGUACGCCCCUGUGGGCAUCAUGUUCCUGGUGGCUGGCAAGAUCGUGGAGAUGGAGGAUGUGGGUUUACUGUUUGCCCGCCUUGGCAAGUACAUUCUGUGCUGCCUGCUGGGUCACGCCAUCCACGGGCUCCUGGUACUGCCCCUCAUCUACUUCCUCUUCACCCGUAAAAACCCCUACCGCUUCCUGUGGGGCAUCGUGACACCGCUGGCCACUGCCUUUGGGACCUCUUCCAGUUCCGCCACGCUGCCGCUGAUGAUGAAGUGCGUGGAGGAGAAUAAUGGCGUGGCCAAGCACAUCAGCCGUUUCAUCCUGCCCAUCGGCGCCACCGUCAACAUGGACGGUGCCGCGCUCUUCCAGUGCGUGGCCGCAGUGUUCAUUGCACAGCUCAGCCAGCAGUCCUUGGACUUUGUAAAGAUCAUCACCAUCCUGGUCACGGCCACAGCGUCCAGCGUGGGGGCAGCGGGCAUCCCUGCUGGAGGUGUCCUCACUCUGGCCAUCAUCCUCGAAGCAGUCAACCUCCCGGUCGACCAUAUCUCCUUGAUCCUGGCUGUGGACUGGCUAGUUGACCGGUCCUGUACCGUCCUCAAUGUAGAAGGUGACGCUCUGGGGGCAGGACUCCUCCAAAAUUACGUGGACCGUACGGAGUCGAGAAGCACAGAGCCUGAGUUGAUACAAGUGAAGAGUGAGCUGCCCCUGGAUCCGCUGCCAGUCCCCACUGAGGAAGGAAACCCCCUCCUCAAACACUAUCGGGGGCCCGCAGGGGAUGCCACGGCUGCCUCUGAGAAGGAAUCAGUCAUGUAAACCCCGGGAGAGACCUUCCCUGCCCUGCUGGGGGUGCUCAUUGGACACUGGAUUAUGAGGAAUGGAUAAAUGGAUGAGCUAGGGCUCUGGGGGUCUGCCUGCACACUCUGGGGAGCCAGGGGCCCCGGCUCCCUCCAGGACAGGAGAUCUGGGAUGCCUGGCUGCUGGAGUACAUGUGUUCAUAAGGGUUACUCCUCAAAACCCCCAGUUCUCACUCAUGUCCCCAACUCAAGGCUAGAAAACAGCAAGAUGGAGAAAUAAUGUCCUGCUGCAUCCCCACCGUGACCUGCCUGGCCUCCCCUGUCUCGGGGAGCAGGUCACAGGUCACCAUGGGGAAUUCUAGCCCCCACUGGGGGGAUGUUGCAACACCAUGCUGGUUAUUUUGGCCGCUGUAGUUGUGGGGGGAUGUGUGUGUGCACGUGUGUGUGUGUGUGUGUGUGUUCUGUGACCUCCUAUCCCCAUGGUACGUCCCACCCUGUCCCCAGAUCCCCUAUUCCCUCCACAAUAACAGAAACACUCCCAGGGACUCUGGGGAGAGGCUGAGGACAAAUACCUGCUGUCACUCCAGAGGACAUUUUUUUAGCAAUAAAAUUGAGUGUCAACUAUUUAA